AUGAGCUACCACGGCAACGGCUACUACCGGAGGUCGCCGCCUCCUCCUCCUCCUCCCCCACCCGGCGUGGGAAUGGCUGGCCUGGGGGGCAUCGCCCAGCUCACCCCCGCCCUCUUCCUGAGUGGGGGGGCAGCGGCCACCAGCCGGCACGCCGUCUACGCCCGGGGCAUCACCUGCAUCGUCAACGCCACCCUGGAGAUCAGCAGCCCCCGCUGGCCAGAUGUGGAGUACCUCAAGGUACCUCUACCUGACCUGCCGCAUGCCCCCCUCUCCCUCUACUUCGACACGGUCGCCGACAAGGUCCAGCAGGUGUCCCGCAAGAACGGGCGGGUGCUGGUCCACUGCGUGGCCGGGGUUAGCCGCUCCGCCACGCUGUGCAUCGCCUACCUGAUGAAACACCACAAGCAGAGCCUGCGGGAGGCCCACAGCUGGGUCCGGUCCCGGCGGCCGGUCGUCAGGCCCAACCACGGCUUCUGGCGCCAGCUGAUCGACUACGAGAAGCGGCUCUUCGGCAAGAACACCGUCCGAAUGGUGCCCUCGCCCGUGGGGAUGGUGCCCGACCUCUACGAGAAAGAGACGCGGGGCUUGAUGCCCUACUGGACCUUCCGAUGA